AUGGCGAAUAUGGCUAUGGUAUCUAUCCCUGGCUCUUCACCGAAUUACAUUCUCGAGAUUACCCCUUACCAGAUCAUUGAUCCUGGUCCCCUCCCAUUGUCAGGAACACUUGGAGAGAUGGGUGGAACCUUUCUGUUCAGCUAUGAGAACGGAGUUGGCCUGGAGCGCAUCGACGACCUAGACCGUGUCAGACGCCGAGGAUAUCUACACCACAGCUGUGCAGGUGUUUCUAUUACUGAGUGCCCGAUACCCUCAAAAAUUGGAGAAAGCUUCUUUUUCAUUUCUCCUGGCCAUCCAAAAGAAUCAUGCUGCGAUAGAGAACUGGAUGAUGGAUACAAAUGUUGGAGAACCUUAGCAUUCGAAGAAGGCGCCGAUGAUAAACCUGACUGUUUAAAGUUGGAUCAUAUUGGGCCUUCUCACAAGCUCAUUUACAAUUUUCAUGCGACAAACGUCUCUAGCUGGGCUAACCUCUUCGUUCAAACGGCACAUGUCUCGCACCCCACAGACGAAACUAAAGAAAAUCCUAUUGCAGUACUCUCAGGGUCGCCCGAGGUUCUGUGGGGUCUGACCGUGGGAUUAAACUUUCAUGGAGCCCUGGAAGCCAACCCGAUAGUCUGUAUUCUACAAUCACACAAGAUUGAUACUCUUACGAAUACUGAGGAGAUCACUGGCUAA